AUGCGACUCUAUCAGAAUGGGUCAAAGACGGAAUACCCGAUGCACACGAAACGCACAAAGGAAUUAUUCCUCGCCUUUCUGAGGGAGCAAGGUGUAUUGCAUCUUAUUGAGAAUGUGAAUGCCGCUUCUCUUGAUCAGGCAUUGACAAGACAAAAGUACUCCGUUUUGUACUUUAUGCCAGGGUCAGAGUCUGAACGCAUCAUGAUUGAGAAUGUGCGCAUGUCGGUUUCUUCUCCCAUGGCAUUCUUUGCUUCGGAUGAUCCUGCUGUCGCACAGCGCCUCUUGGGUGGUGGUCCAGGCUUGUUUGUAUUGCAAGGUGGCGUUUCUAAUCUCGUCGCUAGCCUGCCUCUAUCGGUUGUUGCCGGUCAGUCUAAGGAAACUGCUGUGCCUGCGAUUGCACAGUGGCUGAACCUGCAGGCACAACCUCCUGUGGUAGAGUUGUCUGCCAGCGGCCUCGACUCUGCCCUUUUACAAGCUCCUGGCAUCGUCAUGGCUGUCCUCAGCAGUAGCACGGAGGAUCUAAAUGACCAGCUCAAGCAAUUCACCGAGUUUUCACACGCAUGGCGCUCCUCUUCUGACUUGUCCCACAAGCCAUUCCUCUUUGCAUGGCUCGAUUAUGAUCGCCUCCCACCAAAGGAACCUGGCUUGAAACGUCGGAGCUUCUUCUAUGGCUUAACGGCUGUACGAGUCACUAGCACCCCCCUUGUCACGUCGCAUCCUCUGCUCAUGAUCCUUGUCUUCUUAAGUCUCUUGCUUCUCAUUCCGCGUAUGCGCCGAAUGCUGCUGCGAUGGGUACCACGAUCCCAUGCUUCGACCAAAAUGGUCUAA